CCGCCUCCUCCGUUAGUGCAACUUUGUACCCUGCACGCCAGCCCGCAGUGGGGGUAGCAGGCUGGAAGCGCGUCCUCCUCCCGGUGCAGUCCGCUCCGCUCAAGUCGUCCCGCUGCGUGCGAAGCACCGCCCGUGCUCUGCAGACAUGGCACCUGUCCUGCCGGUGUUCGCCGUCAUCAUCGCAUCGGCGCUGCUGCCAACUGCGACAUCGGCCCACCUCAACGACACUAUUUUUGCAGUGACCGUGAGCUCCCAGGUGAGAGGAGGGAAACAGGAGACCCUGUGCGCCCAGAUCCACGGCCCCACAGAGCCCAUCGCUUUGACCGUCGCCCUCGAAAUGGACUCUGGCAGCACCGUCAUCCUGGAGGAGGCUGUCAAACAGGACUACUACCGCUGCCUGAACUUCCAGGUCCCUUCAGUGCCCACCAGAACUGUGGCAACCAUUAAUGUCACGAUUCAGGGCGAGAGCGCCUCAAUGAGCAAGAAGACCAAAAUCCUCAUUGAGCCUCCUGCCUUCAUCCACAUCAUCCAGACUGACAAACCUAUCUACAAGCCUGGGCAGACUGUCCAGUUUCGAAUCGUCUCUAUGGAUGCCAAUUUCAUCCCUGUAGCGCGAGUGUACAAAGUGGUGGAGCUCCAGGAUCCCAAUUCAAAUCGCAUUGCCCAGUGGUUGGAUAAGGCCAUUGUCAGCGGCAUCCUUGAUCUGUCCCACCCCAUGAUUCCUGAGGCGGUACAAGGAAGCUACAUGAUCAUCGCCACGACGGACAAAGGAGAGCAAAUAUCCCACAACUUUGACAUCAAGGAAUACGUGUUGCCAAAGUAUGAAGUAAAGGUCCACCUGCCCAGCGUGAUUACCAUCCUGGAUAAAGAGGCCACGCUGCAGAUUUGUGGAAAGUACACUUACGGGAAACCAGUUGUUGGUUCAGUGAAGGCUGUGUUUUGUAGAAAUGCCAUCCGGUUUUACUGGUACUCAAGCGUCCUACAAAAUGACCUGUGCAAGACGUAUGAAAUGACAACGGAUAAAAGUGGUUGCGCAACGCAAACUGUGAACGUGACAGAGUUUUCCCUCAACAAGAGCAUGUACGACGACAGCUUCCACGUGAGCGCUGAAAUGGAGGAGUACGGCACAGGGGUCAUUCUCAAAGGCAGCGGGCAGACCAGCUUCAGCAGCCACAUCAGAACGGUCACCUUUGAGGACGUGCCCGCAGCCUACAAGCCGGGCAUCCCGUUCGAGGGAAAGGUCAAAGUGGUCGGUCCAGACAGCAAACCUGUCGCCAAUGAAGCAGUGUACCUGUUUGCCAGAGACUCCCAAAACGUCACGCUCACCACUGACAUGAGAGGCAUGGCUUCAUUUUCUUUGGACACCACCCUCUGGAAAGACACUGUCAGUCUAAAGGCGACGUCUAGAACGACGGAGGACAAUGACCACUACGUGGCCAGUGUGCGGAGGCCAGAGUACAGGUUGGCCUACCACCACGCCGCAGCGUUUUACUCCAAGAGCAGCAGCUUUUUGAAGCUCAUGCAGGUCAACGAGAAGAUGUCCUGUGACAAAGAUGCCACUGUGCGCGCUCAGUACAUCAUCCAGGGGGAUGAGCUGAAGAAGGGACAGGAAGUCCUCCACUUCUUUUACCUGGUGAUGUCCAGAGGUGGAAUUGUGCAGCACGGCCGUGUCUCAGUGGCUGUUAAAGCCGGAACUGUCAACAAAGGGGAGUUUUCCAUAUCGCUCCAUCAGGUUACUAACCUGGCACCGUUUGCCCAAGUGGUCGUUUACACGGUGAUGCCCAGUGGAGAGGGUGUGGCUGAUAGCCAGGACUUCCCCAUUCAACUCUGCCUCAAUAACAAGGUGUCUCUGAAGUUCUCCUCCCUGCAGGAGCUUCCAGCAGAGAAGACCACGCUGACUCUCCAGGCUCACCCCGGCUCCAUGUGCUCCGUCAGAGCCAUCGACCAGAGCGUCCUCCUGCUGCAGUCAGAGCAGGAGCUCACUGUCGACUAUGUGUACAGCCAGCUGCCUGUACAGACGCUGUCAGGGUACAGCUAUGAGGUUGAAGACUUUGAGCCAUAUCCCUGCUUCCCUCUGCCAGUGCCAGACCCAGGGCCUGAGCCAGGGCCUGAGCCAGGGCCUGAGCCAGGGCCUGAGCCAGGGCCUGAGCCUGAGCCAGAAGCAGCACCAGAACCGGAGUUAGAAGUCCAGCCAAAACCGGACACUGUGGGCGACUCGGGGGCAGCUGGUCGAGCGAAGCGUACAGUCUUCUUUGGACCACCCAGUCAGAAGAAUGAUGUCUACAGCGUCUUUAAAGAAAUUGGUAUCAAAAUCCUGACCAACUCCGAUGUGAAAAAACCUUAUAACUGCCACGAAAGGAGCGAUGAGUUAAUUUACUAUGAUGGUGUACCCUUAGAAAUAGUAGACGAUUCAGUGUUUAUGGAAGCGGACAUGGUUGUUUCGGACGUUGUUGAUCAAGAUCAAGAUGGAGUGACCGAGGAGACUAUUAGAACAUACUUCCCUGAGACCUGGAUCUGGGAGCUGGUUUCUGUUGGAGACGGUGGGUCGGUGAACGUGGAGAAGACGGUCCCCGACACCAUCACAAAGUGGGCGGCCGGAGCGUUCUGCGUCUCCUCCGUUGGCUUCGGCGUGUCGCCCAACACUGGGCUGACGGCCUUCCAGCCGUUCUUUGUCAGUCUCACCUUGCCCUACUCUGUCAUCCGGGGGGAGGUGUUCACACUCAAAGCCACGGUCUUCAACUAUCUCUCCAAAUGCAUGAUGGUGAAGAUUACUCUGGCUGAUUCAGACCAGUACACCUUCAGAAACUGCGAUGGCUGCCAGUACAGUGUGUGUCUGUGCGGGGAGGAGAGCAGGACCUUCUCAUGGAUUGUAACUCCGACAGCCUUAGGUCAGGUGAAUCUGAAGGUCAGCGCCGAGGCCCUGAAGACCGACAUACUGUGUGGCAACGAGGUGGCCACCGUCCCCGACGCAGGCCGAAUCGACACAGUGGUCCGCACGCUGCUGGUGGAGGCUGAAGGAACACCACAGAUGGUCAGUCAUAACGCUCUCCUCUGUCCUGCAGAGGGGCCUGUGGAGAAGAAAAUCUCUCUGCUGAUGCCUGAGAUGUUUGUGGCUGGAUCGGCCAGGGCCUCUGUCUCUGUACUGGGUGACCUGAUGGGUCGGGCCACCAAGAACCUGGACAAGCUCCUGGCCAUGCCGUACGGCUGCGGGGAGCAGAACAUGGUGCUGUUCGCCCCCAACAUCUUCAUCCUCAACUACCUGAAGAGCACAGGUCAGCUGACCCAGGAGAUUCAGGACAGAGCGACACGCUUCCUGGAGAGCGGAUAUCAGAGGGAGCUCACCUACAAGCAUGAUGACGGUUCCUACAGUGCUUUUGGGAAGAGCGAUGAGUCUGGAAACACCUGGCUGACCUCUUUUGUGAUGAAGUCCUUUGGCGGGGCGAGACCGUACAUCUUUGUGCAUGCCCAGCACAUUAAAGAUGCCAGGAGGUGGCUGUCCAAACACCAGCGGCCCGAUGGCUGCAUCAGAUCUGUGGGAAAACUCUUCCACAAUGGCAUGAAGGGGGGAGUGAGCGACGAUGUGUCCCUGACAGCCUACAUCACCGCCGCCCUGCUGGAGCUGAACGGCAACGUUCUGGACCCCGUGGUCCAGAACUGCCUGGGCUGUCUCAAGGAAGCAGUGGCCGGCCAGCUGGACAACCUGUACACCACCGCCCUGCUGUCCUACACCUUCACUCUGGCUGGAGACGAGGAGAUAAGGAGCAAACUCAUCACGUACCUGCACCAGAAGUCCAACACAGAGGGUGGCACCCGGCACUGGGACAGAGCAGGGGCUUCUGGGAAAGGCCUGGACUCUUUGGAGGUGGAGAUGACCUCCUACGUGCUGCUGGCUCUGCUCUCCGGUCCAGCCAUGCCAGAGUUUGGCCUGGAUUAUUCCUCCAGCAUCGUCCGUUGGCUCACUCAGCAGCAGAAUCCGUACGGCGGCUUCUCCUCCACACAGGACACCGUGGUGGCCCUCCAGGCUCUGGCUAAGUACGGCGCUGCCACCUACAGUGCGGAGGGCAGCACUACAGUGACGGUGACGUCGCUGGGAGGCCUGAACAAAGAGUUCACGGUGGAUCAGAGAAACCGGCUGCUGUACCAGGAGGAGAAGCUGAGCGAGAUCCCUGGAGAGUACACGGUCAAAGCCCAGGGACAGAGCUGUGUGCUGGCGCAGAUCUCCAUGCAUUACAACAUCCCUCCUCCCCCUGACUUCUCUGCCUUCAACAUUUCCACCAACAUCAUGGCCAAGUGCAACAUCAGCAGGCCUCAGCUCAUCCUCUUUGUGCAUGCCAGGUACCAGGGCAGGAGAGAAGAGACAAACAUGGUCAUCAUCAACAUCAAACUGCUGUCUGGAUACAUUCUGGAUAAGAGCUCCCUGAAUCUGCUGAAGAGCGACCGCUCAGUGAAGCGCGUGGACGUGGAGGAAGGAUUCAUCAACAUCUACUUAGAUGGGAUGAGGAAGGAUGAGACGAAGAUCUACAGCGUGACACUAGAGGAGGAUCAGCCCGUCAGGAACUUGAAACCAGCUGUGGUCAAAGUCUACGAUUACUACCAGACAAGUGAUGAAGCAGUCACUGACUACACCUCCCCCUGUGCAGAGAGUGACACCGUCAACGAGCUGUGAAGUCCACGUGGAAGUCCUGCGAAAAGCCCCGAUGGGACUUCUCCCAGUUGGAAGAAUCACUGUGUCAGAGAAAGAAACUUCUAGAUGUUUAUUUUUUUCCUUAGACUAUUUCUUUAAUUUUUUUACUCCUUUUAAACGUGUGUAGCUGUGUUCCAUUGUGAGUGAAUCCCACUUUUUGUGUAAUUUUAGGAACAAAUUUUUUUCGUUUCUGUUGUAGCUUUUUGAUCGACGUCUUUGUUGUCCCGCGGUAGGCUUGUCCUCGUCAGUAAUGAACCAAUAAUCAGUCAGCAUGAGAAUCUGUCCCGCUGUCUCUCUCCUCAACACUGGAACCUUCACAUUAUAACCCGCCGAGUCCAAGAAAACAGACAACGUUCUGCAACAGUUCUCUUUUUAAUAGAUUUGACAAAAUCCAUAUUAUUCAUACGUGAAAGUAACGCAUGAGACAUACAGGGUACCAAUAACACAGUAUGGUCCGAGUAUUGAUUGUGAGCGUGUGUGUGUGUGUUUGUGUGAGAAACAGGAUCUACUUUCUAGAAAAACAAAAAUACAGUCUUGUGAGUGCUACGUGAGUUAUUCUUUGUGUGUGUGUGUGUUCUGCUGUACCAGUAAAAAAAAAAAACAGGUAGAUUGAUACAUCACUACCAUACAA